ACAGAGAUAAAGGAACACAAACACAACACACAUGUAGUUAUUUAUCUCGCGGUCCCAUAACACACCGGCACACGAUUCUGAUGGAGAUACAGCGAAAUUUCGCGAUUAAGCUUUAUUACUGAAAUGGUACAUUGGAAUCUCAAGUGACAAAUUGAAAAUCACCAGAAGCUAUUAUAUCUCUAGCAGAAACUUUGACGCUAGUGUCAAGUGGUCCCCCGUCGCUUCUGUGAAUUAUAAAAGAUUUAAAAACUUUCUUUCUCCAAACAACGGAGGUACGAGACCGACUAACACUACGCUUCACAAGGGACGCAGAUCAAGCAUCAUGAUCAUAUCUACAAAAUAACUGCGCAGACACAUAUACGUCGUGCCAAACAUGGGAUGGUUUUGCAGAGCAGCGAUAAAGUUCCUUUUGGCAGUUUUUUUAGUAUCUAGUUUGUGCAUGCUUGUAAUAUCUUUGUCUACUAACUUUUGGAUUCAUUAUAAGGAUACUGGAACAACGGGUAGAAAGAAUGUGUCUUAUGUAUCCGGGUUGUGGCGUGUGUGUCGUUUUAAAGCGACAUUGAAAACCGCAUGUUCAUCAUUCGAAGAACCCAUCAGUACUUCAGGAAGAAUUGGAAACACUCAUGUCAAAGUUUGGCUUCUUGUUAGUACCGGUCUGGAAGUCAUCUCCGUUAUAUUUUUAUUUUUUAUUGUGCUGAAGCGAAGGUACAUGAUUCAUCUUUUCGUAUUCUGCAUUGUAGCAGUGACACAGACCAUUACUACUGUUCUCAGUGUGUGCCUAUUUAUUCAAAGCAUAGCUGAUAUUAAUUUACGCAAUAAAUCAUAUGGUUGGUCUUUUGUUAUUUGCUGUAUAAGUGCGGCUCUCGAUGGGUUGUUGGUCAUAUUAUCAACUUCACUUUACCUGAUUAACACGAUUCGCUACAGGAAAAAAAGAAAUUCUACCUAUAACUUAAAGACAAAAAUGAAAAACUGGCAAAAUGAUGGCACUAAUUUAUAUUGGCCUGUCAAAGGUCACGUUGACUUUAGAAGAAAUAAUUUCAAUUUUGAAAGUCGGGAAAUAGUCAAGAGCCCAGAUCUAUCAAAAUCAAUGCUGUUAAAGCAUGAAGGAAAUGCAAUCGCUCGUAGCAUCUUUGCUGAAACGAAAGAAGACGCUCCUAGUGAAAAGAGAAGCGUGCGUUUUCAUAUAAUAGCAACAAAAUCGCCGUGCUGAAGCAGGUCAUUCCCCUGCGAUGAAUCGUGCCCAAACAAAUCCUAAAAUAAUGAUAUUUAUAUAAAGAAAGUUAUUUAUAGAUGACAUAAGAAAAUACAUUAUAUUUAAAGCAACAA